CUGAAGCUGGAAAGUGAAACUGAGAAAACCAUUUAGAAUGCGUGAUGCUGCUUGUAGCUGGAAGGUUAACAUUAUCACGUUUGUAAAAUUACUAUCAUCAUUAUAACCUAUGUGUGCUGUUACCUCGACCAAUCGGAUGGCACGCAUGUAGGGUGGUCGGCAAAAGAAUGUUGAGUACAGACUAUUAUUAUAACUUUCUCAAAGGGGUGACGACAAAUUAAAAAACAGAAAAAGUUUGAAUACCACUGACUUAAGUUUGCAUCUAAAUUUCACCCGAAGUUCCACCAACCCUGACUGAGAAUUUGACUGAAGCCCAAAGCAGUUAAACCCAAAGCAAACAAAGAUGGCACCAGAAAUAAACUUGUCUCCACCCACCAAAUUUCUGCUGGUACCCGGUGAGCCGUAGGAGCCUUGGAAUGACUGGAUAGUAUAUUUUGAGUUGUACAUAAGAGGCUCGCCAGAGGAAGAGAAGAUAGCACUGUUAAACAUUUACCUUGGGAAGGAGGGACUGCGCAUCUUAAAUACUUUGACAACAAUUGAAACAUAUGCAGCAAUGAUUGAUGCCCUCAAUGCUCAGGAGCCUCAGGACUGCUCAGGAGCCUCAGGACUGUCAGGAGCCUCAGGACUGUCAGGAGCCUCAGGACCUGGAUGAUUCACAAAGAAUCAAACAGAACAGAAAAAGGAUGAUCAUUACAGGAGCAGCAGCAACAAUGGGUGCAGCUGCAGCAGUGGUGGGGGCACCAGUAGCCCUGGGAGUGGCAGGUUUGACUACUGUUGGGGUUGCUGCUGGAGCAACUGCAGGGGGCGCCGCAAUAGGAACAGGUACAAUUGCUGCAGCAGCAACAGCAACAGUGGGAGCAGUUGCGGCAGUGGCAAUGGCACCAGUUGUCCUAGGAGCGAUAGGAUUCACUGCUGGUGGGAUUGCUGCUGGAUCAUAUGCAGCAAGCAUGAUGUCUGCAGCGGCCGUGGUAAAUGGAGGUGGGGUAGCAGCAGGAGGUCUUGUUGCUGCUCUACAGACGGCAGGUGCUGCAGGGCUUUCAGGAGCGGCUACAGCGGCGGUGGGAGGUGCUGGAGCUGCGAUUAGUGGAGCCUUGGGAUGGGUGGCCGCAGGAGCAGGGUUCUCAGGAGCAGCAGCAGCUACUACAGCAGCUACGGCAGGUGCUGUAGGGCUCUCUGCAACGGCUACAGCAGCCGCGGGAGGUGUUGGAGCAGCAGUUGGGGGAACAGCAGGAUGGCUGGCUUCAAGGACUUGGACACCUGAAAAGGAGGAAGGAAAAGAUACAGGAGCAGCUACAGCAGGAGGUGCUGCAGGGCUUUCAGGAGAGUCUACAGAGGCUGUGGGAGGUGUUAGAGCAGCAGUUGUUGGAGCGUCUGAAGGGAAGGGAGGAGUCGAGGAGAGAGAGCUUUCAGGAACGACUACAGCAGCUGCAGAAGGUGCUGCAGGGCUUUCAGGAGAGGCUACAGAGGCUGUGGGAGGUGUUAGAGCAGCAGUUGGUGGAGCGGCAGAAUGGCUGUUCUGGCUGACGUCUAAAAAGGAGGGAGGAGAGUAAAGAGGGAAGAGAGGAAGAGAAGAGAUCCCGGAAGAAAAAAUAACAUAUUGAUACUGCAACAUUCAUGAAAGUGUUUUGAAUGAUUUCAUAAUGGUGUUAUGAGUGCAUGUGUAUACCCCCUUUGGUGUUGCCAAACAUACAUAUAUAUCCACUCAACAUGUGGUUAGAGCGUUGGGCCAGUAACCGAGCGGUUGCUGGAACGAAUCCCCAAGCUGACAAGGUAAAAAGAAGUCGUUCUGCCCGUGAGAAAGGUAGUUAACCCAGUUCCCCGGACGCGGAAGACGUGGAUGUUGAUUUAGGCAGCCCCCCUGCACAAAGCAUAUUCUGUUUUAGGGAUUAAUAUGAAUUUAAAAUAAUUUGACAUGUUUUGUAUGAAUCAGGUCAUGAACAUAUGGACUUUGAAAUGAACAAGGGAGAGGUUAAAUGUAGGCUAAGUCUGGCAUAAGCAUGCAGCCAUAUAGUCCUAUGAUCGUAACGAUACAUACGUUCAAGCUUUUGGCAGCUACUGUAUCUGUCUCCAUACCAGAUAGCUGCCAAAUGGUUGAACAUACUGUAGGUAUCAUUAGGAUUCCGCAAGACACCAGUACUAAAAAUGAUAGCCUAAAUUGCAAUGCCUACAAGUUGAAGGCCUAUUUGUUUAUUUGGAUAGGCCUAAAUUAAACAUUGAAUUAUUCAAGUAAUAGGCUUAAGAACUUUGGAGAAUUUAGAUGAUUUUGAAUACACACUUGGAUUUCAAUAAACAAAAGGUUAAGACUGUU